CUGGGAUGAACUGUCAAAAAAGUGUCACAAUAAAAAAAGUAAACAGAGGCGUUAAGUUUAGAGAAAAACAAAGAAAAAUCCAAGAAAAUUUGUAAUUUUCUCGUGAAAAAAGGCAAAAAGUGAAUCUUAGAAGUUUGUGCAAUGGGUUGCGAUGGUGGAACAAUCCCUAGGAGGGAUGAAUUGGUGAGGACAAAGAAGAAACCUGAACAGAAAGACAAGGAGGCAGAGAUGCAGUUUAAAUGGAGACACUGUGCCCUGACGCAACAGCCUCUGCAGGAGCCAGUGGUGAUGUGUGGCCUGGGCAGGCUGUACUCCAAGCAGAGUGUCAUUGAGCAUUUGCUUGAGAAGGACAAGAUGCCAGAGUCUGCGAGUCAUAUCAAGAGUCUGAAGGACAUUAAGCAAUUGACAUUGACGCCCAAUCCCACAUUCACGGAUGCUGAUAAGCAGGAGGGUUUGCUGGAUGUCAGGAGUGCUCCGUACAUUUGCAAAUUGAUUGGGCUGGAAAUGAGUGGGAAGUUCAGGUUUGUGGCACUUUGGGGAUGUGGAUGUGUGUUUUCUGAGAGGGCUCUCAAGGAGAUCAGGAGCAGUGUGUGCUCUCUGUGUCAGACGCCGUUUACUGAAGCUGAUGUCGUUGUGCUGAAUGGAUCGGAUGAGGAUGUUGAUGCCAUGAGGGUGAAGAUGGAGGCUAGAGUGGCCAGGAGGAAGGCUGAGAAGAGAGAGAAGGAGGGUAAGAAGGCCAAAAAGGCAAUUGAAGUCCCCGAAGCUGGGCCAUCGUCCACCAAAAUGGUCGAAAGCAAACUCCCGGAAGUCAAACCAACAACCAGCAAAAUUGUCAAGGAACUCAAGAGGACCAAUGACGAGAAGCUCACUGAUCCCGCCUUCCAGAAGGCCAAGAAAUCCUACAGUGUGGCAAGUGAUCCAAAAGCCAGUGAUGUCUACAAGUCCAUCUUCACGACGCAUCGAAGUGAACAGGAACAGAAUCGAGCUCAUUGGGUCACCUACAAUCCCUUCUACAACUGAUAAACAGGUAAACACACUCCAAAAAAACAUGUCUAUUAUUAAAUUUUUUAUUGUACAAUUGAAAAGAAAUUCAAUCACUCUACAGAAAUAAAAAAAUUACAUCAGCUCAAUUGAGGAGCUCUUACAACAAAAUAAUAAUAAUAAAAAAAUAAGAAUUAAAAUUAUUUUGGUUCAAUGGCA